GCGUCGAACUCGUAGCAGCGCUCUGGCACCCAAGCAACGAUAUACGCACGUUGCAAGAGCAGCAGGACUCGUCAAGACAAAGCACUGCUGCGAACAAGCGCUCAAACGCCACGCCAUCGCCGCGUGCGCCAGCAUCACUGCUCCACAAACGCUUGUGCGGAUCACGCCAUCGACGCGAUCGACGCGACAUCAUGGCCACCUUCGCCACAGAAGUCUUCGAGCCUUUGUCGCAGUACGACGAGCAGUACACGGCGCCGGGCGACGAAGUCGGGAGAGGCGCGUCCGGCGUCGUGCGACGCGCGACGCGGCGCAGCGACGGCCUGCCGGUUGCCGUGAAGACCAUGGAUUUGAGGGCGUUACGGUUGGCGGGCGGCGGUGGCUUCUCCAUAGCUAGAUUACGAAGAGAAGUCGACGUGCUGCGAAGUCUGCGACAUCCAGCGAUAGUAAGGUUGUACGGCGCCUACGGCGACCAGGACACCGUAUUAUUGGUGAUGGAAUUGGUAGAAGGGCGAGAGCUCUUCGACGCCAUCUUGUCGCGGGGCAAGUUCGACGAGCCAUCCGCGCGAAAUAUCUUCUCGAAGCUCUGCCAGGCAGUCGCGUACAUGCACGCGCGAAAUAUCAUCCAUCGGGACGUCAAGCCCGAGAACGUCCUCGUGACUGGUACUAAUGAAGAUGAGGUCAAGUUGGUGGACUUUGGCCUGUCCAAGCUCGUCGCCGGCAGCAUGGUCGGCGCGUCGCGCGCCCAUACCAUGGUCGGCACGCCCUCGUACCUAGCACCUGAAAUAGAGAACAUGAAGACCAAGACCCAGUCGCUGGACCUAGAUACGUUAUCGAAGGAAGAGGAUUUGGACCUGUCUGAUGGUAUCGGCGCUUACGAUAACAAAGUCGACGCCUGGUCGUUGGGUGUUACGUUGUAUGUCAUGCUCGUCGCGCGGUUUCCCGUGUAUGAUAGAGAUCAGGACGGCACCAUCGUCGGUGCUAGGGUCCCCGAUGAUUUAUCUCCAGACUCUCGUCGACUGUUACUGAGGCUGCUCGCGGCGGACCCGGUCCAACGAUUGUCGGCGACGGACGCGCUCCAGGACCCCUGGCUCUUACCCUCGUCGGAAUUGGCGCUGACGCCGCCCGCGUCGCCUCCCGAGAAGAAACGCGAAGCUUCAUCCGAAGAGGAAUCGACAGAUAACCCCAUGGGCCUCGCGCACGCCCAUGCGGCUUUGGUGGCGUCGUCGGCGUUAGGAUUACCUCCGGAGCUACGAAGCGCGGGCCUGGAUUACCACGAGCGGGCCGUCGCGUCGAGGGCACUGGCGACGAAAUUACGCGGUACUGCAUUACUCGUGUUGGAGAUGAUCGACGACCUCAAAGCUGCGUUGGACGCUAGGAACGCCGACGCCGCUAGAGAAGUGCUCGGGGCCGUGAGAAGGUGGACUUCUGAUCUAGAAAAAGAGUGCGCUCUGGCCAAGAAGGGCAACCUCGCGGCGAUGCGGCGGCUCGCGCAGGCCGUCGGCGAGGAGGCGCCUACUGAAGAGAAGGCACCACCACCGGAGACGCCCGCGCCUCGGUUGGCCGGCGCGACGGCGUCCAUGUCACUUGAUGAUCCGGUGCCGGAGACGCCGGACGCGCCCACUCCCUCCAACGCGAACACGCCGCUGGACCUGAAAAACGACGAGGUGUUGGAACUGAUGCUGCCGGUCACGGCGGACGAUUUGCGGCCGCCGCCCGUGGCUCGCUCUAGUAGGCCCGCGCGGAACCACCUGUUGCGGUGUUUGGGGGAGCUCCACGUCGUGUUUACGAGGAUGGAGCUCGUCUGGUCCAAGGUCGAGGUUUCGUUGGAUGCCGUCCUGAAACGGAGCGAGGCCUUGGAGGUGCUGCUGGGCUUUGCGGACACGCCUGCUUUGAAGGGACGGCUCGACGUGCGGCUGGCGAAGUUCAAGGCCUUCUGGAGUGGUUUGGCGGAGUGGGAUCUGGAUGUUGCCGUGCCGGGGAUCGCUUCUUCGGCGGCGGGGGCGUAAGGAUGAAUCUGUAU